AUGAAGCUUUCCCUCGCUCUUGGAGCGGCAGCGUUUGCGGGAUCUGCCCUGGCAGACAUUGAUCCCAUUAUCAUUAAGGGCUCCAAAUUCUUCUACAGCAGCAACAAUACCCAAUUCUAUAUCCGUGGUGUUGCCUAUCAGGCCGACUAUGACUCCAACUCCACCGACAGCAGCUCCAGCAGCUAUGUCGACCCUCUGGCUGAUGCCACCACCUGCAAGCGUGACAUUCCCAUCCUGCAAGAAAUCAGAACCAAUGUCAUUCGUACCUAUGCUGUCGACCCUACUAAGAACCACACCGAAUGUAUGAACAUGCUCGCUGAAGCCGGAAUUUAUGUCAUCUCCGACUUGUCCGACCCAACCCAGUCCAUUGAUCGGGACGACCCGACCUGGGAAACCAGCUUGUACACUCGCUACAAGGACGUGAUUGACGACCUGUCUCAAUACAACAACACCAUCGGCUUUUUUGCUGGUAACGAGGUCUCAAACACUGUCGACACUACCGAUGCCAGCGCAUUCGUCAAGGCUGCCGUUCGGGACAUGAAGGCCUACAUCAAGGACAAGGGAUACCGCUCCAUGGGUGUGGGCUACGCCACCAACGACGACGCAGAUAUCCGCGUCAACUUGGCCGACUACUUCAACUGUGAGAGUGAGGAUCAAGGCGUCGACUUCUGGGGUUAUAAUAUCUACUCCUGGUGCGGUAACUCUACCUACGAGGAGUCUGGCUACAAGGAACGCACCGAGCAGUUCCGCAACUACUCAGUGCCCGUCUUCUUCGCCGAGUACGGUUGCAACACUGUCACUCCUCGCCGCUUCACCGAGAUCAAGGCUCUUUUCGGCGAUGAGAUGAACGAUGUCUGGUCCGGUGGUAUUGUUUACAUGUAUUUCCAGACUGACAACGACUACGGCUUGGUCUCCGCCAUCGACAGCACAAGUGUCAGCAAGCUGACGGAUUUCACCUACUACUCCGAGGAAAUCCAGAGCGCAACCCCCACUGGUACCAACAAGGCAUCCUACACCCCCACCAACACGGCGCUCCAGAGCUGUCCGACCGUCGAUAGCGAUUGGCAGGCGAAGGCGUCUCCCCUGCCUCCCUCCCCUAACAGCGAGCUCUGCUCUUGCAUGGACGCCGCCGCCGGAUGUGUCGUCAAGGACUCCGUCUCCAGCAGCAAGUACGCCGCCCUCUUCAGCGAAGUCUGCGGCUACAUUACCUGCACGGGUGUCUUCCACAACGGCACCACGGGCACCUACGGUGACUACAGCAUGUGCGAGGCCAAGCAGCAGCUCAACUGGGCUCUGAACCGCUACUGGGUGAGUCAGGACAAGGAGGACUCUGCGUGCAGCUUCGAUGGUUACGCUACCACCACCGCCGCCAGCACCGCCAGCACCUGCAGCUCCUUGCUCUCCCAGGCCGGCACCGCCGGUACUGGCUCCGUCUCAGCCACCGCUACCGCCACCGGCGACUCCGACUCCAGCACCUCCACCUCCAGCUCUGACUCUAGCUCCUCCGCUGGCUACAUGACUGGAAGCUCCAUGGUUGCUGUUGGACCUCUCCAGCUCGGUGCCUACGUCGUCACCGCCGUCGCUGCCGGUCUGGCUAUGAUCAUGUUGUAA